AAUUAAUAUUUACAUUAUAUUAAUAAGUAAUAAUGUAUAAUUAAUAAAUAAUAAACCAUGAACAGAAUAAAUAAGCGUUUACCAAAAAUAUGCGGUGUUUGUGGCAAUAGGGCCAUGGGCCAUAAUUUCGGUGCCCUUUCUUGUGAGCCCUGCAAAGCCUUUUUCAGGAGGAAUGCCUUUAGAGACAAUCUCAAAUGUCACUUCAACUCCAACUGUAAAAUCACGGAAAUCACGCGAAAAUUUUGCUCAAAGUGUCGCUUAGAUAAGUGCUUCGCAGUUGGGAUGAGACGGGAUUGGAUGCCGUGUGAAGACAAAUGCGAGACACAGACAGAUGAUAGUUGUGUACAAAAUGAUGGCCUUUAUAGUGAGGACUCGUCAACAAAAUCAGUGACAAACAGUCAAGACUCAGACAAUAAUGACAUUCUCUAUGAUUUACUCGACAUUAAUAGCGAUAACAAGUUUAGUCGCGAAGAACUGAACGCACAAAUCGUCGACUUAGAGGGCAUUGUAGCCAAUAAUCUUCAGGGAAGUCCUAACAGCGAAACACCAACUAACGAGUACAACGGCUACCAGUGCUCGUGUAGUGAGCCCCUACCUCCUGAUACAUGCACCGAUUUGGACGAUGUCUCGGACGACAUCAUUCAAAAGUCGGUGGAGUUUGAGUUUGCAGUCAUACCUAUCGCCAGACCAAUAGCUGAAUAUAAGUGCAAUUUUAAUGAAACCGAAAGUUUUAUGUUAAACGAGUUGUUUGGUGCGGUCAAGUGGGUGGGUGUGCAGCGCCGGGAGCAUAUAACGUCGGACAUCACCAACGUGACGGACAUACACCAGACCAUGGUACAAAAGUUUGAGAACGCCAUCAGGAAUACCACCCGAGCCCUGAGACAGGUAACGCCGUUCCGGACGAUGUGCGAGUCCGACCAGAUCUCGCUGUUAAAGUACGGGUGCAUCGAGAUUAUAUACUUGCGGUCAAUACUCAGCUUUAAUAGCAUGGAGAAUGGCCUCGAACUGUCCAUGAUGACCCCAAUUGUAGUGUUUAACCCGGAACGUUCUAAUCUCAUUAAUCCGGAUGCAAUCAAGUAA